GGGUCUGUGGGUGGGCGUGUCGGGGCCGCCCCCCUCCCCAUCUCCUGAAAAGGGAACCGGAGCGCUAUGAUUUAGAAGUUCAGGAAUCCCACGUGACGUCACGGCGAGGUGAUGUAAUGCUGCUGUAAAUAGAUCCCACUGUAACCGCGCUUCAGUCCGGCGCGCGAGAGCAGCUGAGCAGCGCGCGCUACGGUUCUUCAGGUUCCCGUGAUGAAUGUUGAUCAGGACAGGCCGUAUGUGUGUAAUGCUCCAGGAUGCUCUCAGCGUUUCCAACGAGAAGAUCACCUGAUCAUCCACCGACACAAACAUGAGAUGACCCUCAAAUUCCCCUCCAUUAAAUUCGACAGUGCACUGUCAGAUCAGACGCCGACUCCGACACGUUUCCUGAGGAACUGUGAGGAGGUCGGACUCUUCAGCGAUCUGGAGCUCGAUCAGACAGCGGAGGAGGAAGAGGAUGAUGAUGAUGAGGAGGAAGAAGACGUCAAGCAGAAUUUUAAAGUACAGUGUUCAUCAGUUUCAAGCCAGAGUUGCAAUGAUGGUCAGAGGCAGCAUCCCCAGUUCCAGCACCAUCAAUCCCAUCAAUCCCAUCAACCCCAUCAAUCCCAGCAGCCCCAGCAGUGCUCCCUGGCUCAGCUCCACCCCUCUGUGUCCCGACACACAACCCCCAGCACCACCAACACACACUCAGCACACAGGUGUCUGCACAGCCAACCCCGGCCUCCUGCAGCCUGUGCUCUACAGGGGACAUCUAGUAUGCAUAUGAACGCACAGUUAAGUAUGGACACCAACCUCAUUGGAAUUCCAGGCCCCGCCCCUGCUGGAUCAUGCCCCUCCCACCAGAGGUCAAAGGUCACGCCAAGCCAGACACACCUUGCAGUAUCCAAUGGCAACCAGAACCCUAUGGGUCACAUGAUGGGGAUUGUGUCAUCACAGCACCACAGGAGGGCGGGGCUUCCACUGACACACCUGCCUGCACCGCCUCACCAUUCUUACCCGCAGCACUGCCACAGCCAAUCACAGCCAAGACACGCCCACCACCAGCAAGACAGUCAGGAGCAGCCACCUCACAGCUGUGCCCACCACUCCCCCCCUGCACACCUGCACCCAGGCCCCGCCCAUCUGACUGCCACUCAUCUGAGUCAUCAGCCAGUACCUGCACAGGUGUCUCCGGUUCGCAGUAGCUCCUGCUCUCAGUCUCCUCCGCAGACGAGCGGGGGCAGACGCAGACGGGCCACAGACAGCGACCCGGAUGAGCGCCGGAAGAAGUUUCUGGAGAGGAACCGGGCAGCGGCAUCUCGCUGCAGACAGAAGAGGAAGGUCUGGGUGUCGUCUCUGGAGAGGAAAGCUGAGGAGCUCACCCACACUAACCUGCAGCUACAGAAUGAAGUGACGUUGCUCAGGUCGGAGGUCACUCAGCUAAAGCAGCUUCUGGUGGCCCAUAAAGACUGUCCUGUUACUGCCCGACAAGAAACACAGGGGGGCAGCCCAACCCGGAGUCCCAUCCGGACACACGGCGUCCAACACAACAGCAUCUCAACAUCCAGCAUCAGCACCACACACACACACCUCACCACACACACACACACCGCCAGCUGAACAUCACUCCCACCUAAACCUCCAGCUCCUCUAUAAGAAACGGCUCAGGAAAUUCAUUAUACUGAAAUCUGAACUAUUAAUAAUUCAUCUCUAUACAAAAAUAGCAUUUAUUAUGUACAAACAGGGGGAAAAAGGAAUACUCCAGUGCUUUCCGUAGCAGAAAAAGUAAGAAAAUUUGGCGUUUGGUGUUUGGUAGACUAUUUUUUUAUUUGUGCACAGUGCAGCUUGAUUUAGGGCGUGUCAGUGUGUCUUUGCUAUCGUAACGACGGGAAAAGUACAGUACAUCUUGCGCAGCUCAAAACACAAAGCAAAAGGCAUGAAUUGAUUUUCUUAAUUAAUCAUGGGUGUGGUUAAUUUUGGGCGUAAUGUAAAACAAUCCAAUCAGAGUGUCUCUUGCUCAUCAUUCCCUUUAAGAGUCAGGUGAGCUCUGACUUUGGCAGAUUGCUAUUUUAACGGCGCAGCUACCUGGACGUGUCCAAGAAAGCAAUACUCCAGAAAUGAACCUGAACACACCUCAUUUCCAGACCACCACGCCCAUCAGUGUAGAUAUAUUCAGAAGCUCUGCUGCUGUUUAAACCAGACACGAAAAUGCAUUAAAAUAGACUGUUGACAGGGUGUAAGAUAGCAAUGAGCAUCACAACGCACCUUGUAGAUGAUGAUGGGAUGAAAAGUGCUGGAGUAUUCCUUUACCAAAAAGUCAGGAGCGAAGAGAUAAGAUCAUAAGAAGAUCAGAUGUUAUAAUUUAGCCUAACUGGUUAAAUGCAGUGAAUCUCAGUUCUUUAGUUUUUAUGACAAUUCUUUACCCUUUAGUAUUUCCUCAGGGAUGUUCACUCCUUGUUAAAUAUGAUAUAUGAGUAUAAAACUAUGUGCACACAGGAGGUAAAAGUAGGCCAAAUCCAAUUUGAUGUUUAUUUUAGUCUGUUUACAAUAUCUUAUUAAUGUGAACGCUCCUAAACAGUUCAAACUCUAAAGAGCAGCAACACUUCUUGUAAAGAAAUUAUUCGGAUACAAUCUAGAUAUACAAAAAAUCUGAUUUCAAAUGGUUUCAGAAACUAAUUUGGACACAAUCUAGAUAUUUAAAAAAUCUGAUUUUUUCAUAGUUUUAGAAAUUAUUCUGGAUACAAUCUAGAUAUACAAAAAAAUCUGAUUUCACAUGGAUUCAGAAAUGAAUCUGGAUACAGUCUAGAUAUACAAAAAAUCUGAUUUCACAUGGUUUCAGAAACUAACGUGGAUACAGUCUAGAUAUACAAAAAAGUAUCUGAUUUCACGUGGUUUCACAAUUGAAUCUGGAUACAGUCUAGAUAUACAAAAAAUCUGAUUUCACGUGGUUUCAGAAACUAAUCUGGACACAAUCUAGAUAUGCAAAAAAUCUGAUUUCACAUAGUUACAUAAACUAAUCUGGAUACAGUCUGGAUAUACAAAAAAUCUGAUUUCAAAUGGUUUCAGAAACUAAUCUGAAUACAAUCUAGAUAUACAAAAACAAACUGAUUUUAAAUGGUUUCAGAAACUAAUCUGAAUACAAUCUAGAUAUACAAAAAAUCUGAUUUCACAUGGUUUCAGAAACUAAUUUGGACACAAUCUAGAUACACAAAAGAAUCUGAUUUCACAUGGUUUCAGAAACCAAUCUGAAUACAAUCUAGAUACACAAAAGAAUCAGAUUUCACGUGGUUUCAGAAUUUAAUCUGGACACAAUCUAGAUAUUUAAAAAAUCUGAUUUUACAUAGUUUUAGAAAUUAUACUAGAUACAAUCUAGAUAUACAAAAAAUCUGAUUUCACGUGGUUUCAGAAACCAAUCUGAAUACAAUCUAGAUACACAAAAGAAUCAGAUUUCACGUGGUUUCAGAAUUUAAUCUGGACACAAUCUAGAUAUUUAAAAAAUCUGAUUUUACAUAGUUUUAGAAAUUAUACUAGAUACAAUCUAGAUAUACAAAAAAUCUGAUUUCACGUGGUUUCAGAAUUUAAUAUGGAUACAAUCUAGAUAUACAAAAAAUCUGAUUUUACAUUGUUUUAGAAAUUAAUCUGGAUACAAUCUAGAUAUACAAAACAAUCUGAUUUUACAUUGUUUUAGAAACUAAUGUGGAUUAAUUUAGAUAUACAAAAAAUCUGAUUUCACAUGGAUUCAGAAACUAAUCUGGAUACAAUCUAGAUAUACAUAAAAUCUGAUUUCACAUAGUUUCAUAAACUAAUCUGGAUACAAUAUAGAUAUACAAAAGAAUCUGAUUUCACAUGGAUUCAGAAACUAAUCUGAAUACAGUCUAGAUAUACAAAAAAUCUGAUUUCACGUAGUUUCAUAAAUGAAUCUGUAUACAAUCUAGAUAUGCAAAAAAAAUCUGAUUUCACAUGGAUUCAGAAAUUAAUCUGGAUACAAUCUAAAUCUGAUUUGGGCUUGGAGUCUGAACACAGCCAAAGUGAGGGAAAUCAGAUUUUUUAAAAUAUGAGAUUCAGUAAGUUUUUUCUGUUCACACUGCCAUACGGAUUUGGGCCACUUUUACUCGCUGUGUGAACGCAGUUUUUGUGUGUUUAUUACGUAUUUUCUUCUUUUGGCCAAUCAGCUGAGAGCUGAAACGCCAGAUAAGAACAGGACUAUUGAUAAAUCCUUCGUUAUUAAUCAGGGGAAUAAUGUAUUAUACUGUAAAUAUAAACGCUUUGGUUUGUGAAUGCACCUUGAGCUAUUUAGCUGCGCCUUGGUCCUGCCGGGACAGAAAACAGUGUAAACAGUGUAAACUGUGUAAAAAGAGGCUUUUAUGAGUGAAUUAAUCAGGUAUCACAUCCCAUCACCUGCAGAGAUAUCACAUCACAUCAUCACAACACCACCAAUACACCAGAAUAGAGUAUUUAAUAUAAAAGUAUUCAGGAUAAUCAUUGACUAAUAUGAUCUCCAGCAUUUUUAACAUAUUAACACAGCAGGAUGCCAGUGUGAGAUAUACAGUGCCUUGCAAAAGUAUUCAGCCCCCUUUUUCAAACUUUUCAAACUUUUGCCACAUUUCAGGCUUCAAACAUAAAUUUCAAACAUGAAAUUGUAAUUUUUUUUAGAAGAAUCAACAACAAGUGGGACAAAAUCGUGAAGUGGAACCAAAUUUAUUGGAUAUUUUAACUUUUUUUAUUAAUAAAAAACUGAAAAGUGGGCCGUGCAAUAUUAUUAUUUAUCCCCUUUACUUUACUUCAGUGCAGCUGAAACUCACUCCAGAUGUUCAGUGAGGAUCUCUGAAUGAUCCAAUGUUGAAUAAAUAGAAUCACCUGUGUGUGAUAAAGUCUCUGUAUAAAUGCUUCUGCUCUGUGAUCAGAGUCUCAGAGUUCAGUUUAAAGCUCAGAGAGCAUCAUGAAGACCAAGGAAAAACACACCAGGCAGCUCCGAGAUACUGCUGUGGAGAAGUUUAAAGCCGGGUUUGGAUACAAAAAGAUUUCCCAAGCUUUAAACUCAAUCUCAAGCAGCACCGUGCAAGAGAUCAUACUGUAAUGGAGGGAGUAUCAGACCACCGCAAAUCUACUAACCAAGACCCGAACGUCUCUCUAAACUUUCAGCUCAAACAAGACUGAGAGAACUGAUCAGAGAUGCAGCCAAGAGACCCAUGAUCACUCUGGAUGAACUGCAGAGAUCUACAGCUGGAUACAAUCUAAAUCUGAUUUGGGCUUGGAGUCUGAACACAGCCAAAGUGAGGGAAAUCAGAUUUUUUAAAAUAUGAGAUUCAGUACAUUUUUGCUGUUCACACUGCUAUACGGAUUUGGGCCACGUUUACUCGCUGUGUGAACGCAGUUUUUGUGUGUUUAUUACGUAUUUUCUUCUUUUGGCCAAUCAGCUGAGAGAUAAGAACAGGACUUUUGAUAAAUCCUUCGUUAUUAAUCAGGGGAAUAAUGUAUUAUUUAUACUGUAAAUAUAAACGCUUUGGUUCCUGAAUGCACCUUGAGCUAUUUAGCUGCGCCUUGGUCCUGCAGGGACAACUAUAAAUCUGGCCUUUAGGGAAGAGUGGCAAGACGAAAACCACUGUUAAAAUAAAGACAUAAAAAGUGCUGUUUGUACAGAAAACAUCACCCUGAACACACCCUGAUCCCCACUGUGAAACAUGGUGGUGGCAGCAUCAUGGUUUAGGCCUGCUUUUCUUCAGCAGGGACAGAUUUGGGAGGCUGGUUAAAAUUGAUGGGAAGAUGGAUGGAGCCAAAUACAGGAUCAUUCUGGAAGAAGAAAACCUGUUGAUGUCUGUAAAAGACCUGAGACUGGGACGGAGAUUUAUCUUCCAACAAGACAAUUAUCCAAAACAUAAAGCAAAAUCUACAAUGAAACGGUUCACAAAUAAACAUAUCCAGGUGAUUGAAUGACCGCAAAACUCUGAUAGAGACAAACCCCAAGCAAUUGCAGGUGUAAUCACAUACAAGGUCUUAACUCAAGGGGGUUGAAUAAUAUUGCACGCCCCACUUUUCUGUUUUUAUUUCUAAAAUCACGAUUGUGUCCCACUUGUUGUUGAUUCUUCACAAAAAAAUUGCAAUUUCAUAUCUUUAUGUUUGAAGCCUGAAAUGUGUCAAAAGUUAAAAAAAUUCAAGGGGGCCGAAUACUUUUGCAAGGCACUGUAUAUAUGGUGUAGCGCCUCUGCUGGCUGGUUGCAGUAUGACGUGUGGCUCCGCCCAUUUCUAUAUGUUUUAAUGACAAUACAGCCUGAGACACAAAGCUUGGUCUGGGUGCAUACGGUCAAAAACAAACUGCUGUUUCUCUUUGAUGCAAUUCUUUGUAAAUUAUCUGAUUAUCUGAUUAUCUGAUUGUCUGAUUGUCUGAUUAUCUGAUUGUCUGAUUAUCUGAUUUUCUGAUUAUCUGAUUGUCUGAUUAUCUGAUUGUCUGAUUAACUGAUUAUCUGAUUAUCCGAUUAUCCGGUUGUCUGAUUGUCUGAUUGUCUGAUUGUCUGAUUAUCUGAUUGUCUGAUUGUCUGAUUAGCUGAUUGUCUGAUUGUCUGAUUAUCUGAUUGUCUGAUUAUCUGAUUGUCUGAUUGUCCGAUUGUCCAAUUAUCCGAUUAUCCGAUUGUCUGAUUAUCUGAUUGUCUGAUUAUCUGAUUGUCUGAUUAUCUGAUUGUCUGAUUGUCUGAUUAUCUGAUUGUCUGAUUGUCUGAUUGUCUGAUUAGCUGAUUGUCUGAUUAUCUGAUUGUCUGAUUGUCCGAUUGUCUGAUUAGCUGAUUGUCUGAUUAUCUGAUUAUCUGAUUGUCUGAUUAUCUGACUAUCUGAUUGUCUGAUUAUCUGAUUGUCUGAUUAUCUGAUUUUCUGAUUAUCUGAUUAUUUGAUUAUCUGAUUGUCUGAUUGUCUGAUUGUCUGAUUAUCUGAUUUUCUGAUUAUCUGAUUGUUUGAUUAUCUGAUUGUCUGAUUAUCUGAUUGUCCGAUUAUCCGGUUGUCCGAUUGUCCGAUUAUCCGUUUGUCUAAUUAUCCGAUUAUCUGAUUAUCUGAUUGUCUGAUUAUCUGAUUAUCUGAUUAUCUGAUUGUCUGAUUAUCCGAUUAUCUGAUUAUCUGAUUGUCUGAUUGUCUGAUUAUCUGAUUGUCUGAUUAUCUGAUUAUUUGAUUAUCUGAUUGUCUGAUUAUCUGAUUGUCUGAUUAUCUGUUUGUCUGAUUAUCUGAUUGUCUGAAUAUCUGAUUAUUUGAUUAUCUGAUUGUCUGAUUAUCUGAUUGUCUGAUUAUCUGAUUGUCUGAUUGUCUGAUUAUCUGAUUGUCUGAUUGUCCGAUUAUCCGAUUGUCUAAUUAUCUGAUUAUCUGAUUGUCUGAUUAUCCUGCAGCAAGACAAUGAAAUGUGAGAGACUAUCACUGGCUCUGAAUCUUCAGGCCUUAAAGAGUUAAUGAGUUUUCCAUGUACAGUUUUUAAAAAGAAUAUCCAUAUUUCUUUAUUUUUGUACCAACUAACUAAAUUUUAUUGCUAUUUCUAAUUAAAAGAACGUGCUCUGCAUCCAGUGUGUGUUUUUAUU